CUGUGGUACAAGCGAGGACGGGAAGGGCUCUGUGUAGAGGGGGGAUGUAGAGAGCAGAUGCCACACCUCUGUUGUGUUUUGUUAACCUGAAAUGAAUAGAGCUGAGGAAUUUAACACACUGAAUUGAAAGGUGAGUUUCUCCCAUGUGCUGUGUGUAGGAUGCCUGUCUUCCUCUAGCUGAUCUACAGAGAUUUGUAAAUCUAUUAUGCUUCCACACACCCUCAUAGAAACUUGUGCUUUAGGUUUAGCAUGCAGAAAACUUUAGGUCCUUGGUCCAUAUUCAUGUGUUUGUCCAAAAGUGAUCGGAUUACCUUUCCUUCAAGAUUGGUCAUAUUCCUUUUCCUCAGAUAAAACUGUCAUGCUACAAGUUUUCCACCAUCCCUGUCUCUAGAGAGAAUCUUGGAGACUUGAAGGUGACUUUUCUGAAAAAUGGUCUCAAUAAAAUUCCAAAAAUACUUUAUAAUUUGGAGCCUGCUCCUCAACCUCCAGCAGAGAUCAAAGAGAUCCCAGAAAAAAUAUUAAGCACCAUGCAUUCCUGGGAGCUGAGCCUUUGGCUGUAAUGAAUCAAUCAACUACCCUUUUAUCAGCCAGAUAUAAACUGACUUAGGGAAUUUUGGAGCCAAAGGCUACUGGUACAAGGCUAAUGGUUUAGGCUUUGUUUUCAUUAAAAAGUUUGACUCCAAAGGAAGGUCUUUGUUUUCAAAAAGUGUUUUUAACAUCUUCCUGUUAUUUUCACCCUCAAGCUUGCUCAGCCAGUUGGGUUUGAAAAUCUUGUUCUUGCUUCCUAGUGGCAAGAUUGUGUGUUGAUGGUAGAAAUGGGGUGCCAAUUACUAUCUGUCAUUGGUAUUUAUGGGGUUCCAACUGCUACAGUACUGUGGUGCCAGGUACAACAUUGAGAUAAGCAGGGAAGUUAUUGAAUGUGGACUCUGCUCUUCCCACCCGAGUGCUUGGCCCCUUCGACUUGGAGACUUUGUCCUCUCUCCCAUGCUCAGAUGCGGGGCACCCGAGAAAAAGUGAGGUUUGUGUUUGCUGCCGAGCAGCCCCGGCCUGUGAGCCCAGCCAGGCUGUACCUGGUACCUGUGGCUCCAUCAUGUCCUGCUUCCAUCCCUGAUGCUGGCAUGUGAGCCAAGGCACCGGCGCUGGCACCGGUGGCACCGGGAGCAGAACCCACAGAGCCUGUGGCCUGCACACCAGCUGCUGCUGAACUCUUUUCCAUAGAAUGUUUUCCAAAAUCCGGCAAACUGUGUCAACUGGGAGAGCUGAAAUCAACUGAGGUACUGCUUCCCAGGCUGUGCAGGGUCACAGAAGUGUCCCAGUCAGACAGCACGGAAAGCUUUGAUCUCUCUGGAGAAAGAAACUGGCAUGACGCAGAGGGCUGCUGGAGCCUGGCUGGCAUGAAUGGGAAGAAUUUCUUCCAGCUACAGCUCUGAUGGUUCUAACUGAUGCCCAAGGAGAAAUCUUGAUGAUUUAGAGAUGAAGAAGAAAGGAACUGCACCCUUGAUGUCAUUCAUUUAGCUGUGGAAGGCUUUAUCAGCCCUUGCGGAGGCUUUCCCCUGUGCACAGCAUUCAAGGCUGGAGCUGCAGAGGAGGAAAAUGGAGCCUGUAGGUCUUCUGGCACUUGCCUCCCUAGAAAUGAGCAGUACCACAGUCACCCUGGCUUUGCUGGCAGUAUUCCUGGUCCUGCUGUAUUGGUACUCCACAUCUGCGUUCUCCAAACUAAGCAAAGUAGGGAUCCAGCAUCCUCCACCUCUUCCUUUCAUUGGAAACCUGCUCUUUUUCCGAGAGGGUUUUUGGGAAAGCCACACAAAACUAAUAACAGAGUAUGGACCUGUUUGUGGGUAUUAUAUUGGUCGCCAGAUGUUUGUGGUGGUCUCCUCACCAGAGAUGAUCAAGCAAAUCUUAGUGACAGAUUUUAGUAACUUCACCAACAGAAUUAAACCAAACUUGAUAUCCAAGCCAAUGCUUGAUAGCAUCCUUUGUCUUCGUGAUGACAGAUGGAAGUAUGUGCGGAGCCUCCUGACCCCAGCCUUCAGCGAUACCAAACUGAAAGAGAUGACACCACUGAUAAAUCAGGCCUGUGACAUCCUGCUGUGUAACUUGAAGGUCUACGCAGAUUCUGGCAAAGCUUUUGAUAUCCAGAGGUGUUACAACUGCUUUACCUUGGAUGUUGUUGGUAGUGUAGCCUUUGGUACUGAGGUGGAUUCUCAGAAAAAUCCUGAUGACCCCUUUGUUAAGAAUUGCAGAACAUUCUUUGAAAUGUCUCUGUUUAAGCCUCUUCUCAUUCUAAUCCUUUCUUUCCCAUUCAUAAUGAUCCCAUUGCUACGCAUUUUUCCCAACAAGAAACAAAAGGAACUGAAUGGAUUUUUUAUCCAAACCAUAAAAAACGCAAUUGUCUACAGACACCAGCAAGAUGCAGCUGAGAGGCGCAGAGAUUUUCUCCAGUGGAUGCUCGACGCCUGCGACUCAGCCGACUCCCUGGCAGCCGGGUGCUGGGAUGUGCCCGGCCCAUCUGCUGCUCUCAGACAGGAUGAAGCGCCUCCGGUUGGCACGGCCCCAUCUGAAAAGGCUCAGAAGACGCUAACAGAGGAUGAGAUAGCAGGCCAGGCUUUCCUGUUCCUGAUCGCUGGGUAUGAGACCACCACGAGCACGCUGUCCUUUGCCACCUACUUGCUGGCCACCAACCCAGAAUGCCAGGAGAAGGUGCUUCGGGAGGUCGAUGAGUUCUUUGCAAAACAUAUGGUCCCUGAUUACCAAAAUGUACAAGAACUCCCUUAUCUGGACAUGGUGAUUGCAGAGACAUUGCGCAUGUACCCACCUGCAUUCAGAUUCACUAGGGAAGCAGCUAAAGACUGUGUAGUGCUGGGGCAGCAUAUUCCAGCUGGAGCUGUCAUUGAAACUGCAGUGGGACACCUUCACCACAACCCUGAGUUCUGGCCAGAACCUGAGAAGUUCAUUCCUGAGAGGUUUACAGAGGAGGCCAAGAAGGAACGACAUCCUUUUGCAUACCUGCCAUUUGGAGCAGGACCCCGUGGCUGCAUUGGCAUGAAAAUGGGUUUGUUGGAGACAAAAAUGACUCUGCUGAGGAUUUUGCAGAAGUUUCAAUUCAAGGCCUGCCCAGAGACUGAGAUUCCUUUGCAGCUCAAAUCAAAAGCCACACUUGGACCAAAAAAUGGAGUCUACAUUAUGCUGGAAUCUCGCUAAAAGCAAAUACACAUCCUGAAGCUUUCUGGAAUGAAACCCUUUAUUAGUAACUCACUGGGUAUAAAUAUUUUUCAAAACUUCAAGAACAGGUGGGAGCCUAAAUCCCACUGAUGGUCAGUAGGUGCUUCCUCACUGCCCUCCUGUGGGACAGCCUCCAGUCACUUAUUAAAAUAGGCUCCACAGUCUUUUUUGGAGCUUUUCAAAUUGUUCUGAAUAGUAUCUGUAAAGAAGCAUCCCACUUUCACUUGCUUUUCUGUAGCACACUUCUUUUCACUUUUCAGUGAGAAUGCUUUCCUCAUGCUCAAUUUCCACAAUUUACAGUAGAUUUUAAUUUCAAUUCAUUGUAUGACACAUCCUUCUCAUGCACUUUCAAGUCCCUAGAGAAAGCCCCUAAGGCACCACAGUUACAGCAGAAGACCUGGGAUGCAGUGAUUGGAUUUUUUCAUGGACUCCAUUAACAGUCAAAGCUGAGGCUCCUGUACAGUGUUUAAUCUCUACCUGUGUCUGUAAAGCCAGAAAAGUUGCACCUCCUUCAUGCUUUGAAGUGAUUUUGAAUACACUUAGAUUAACAAUUUGCACUUGGCACAUUCCAUCACCACGACAGAAGAAGAAUGAAGAGUUCCCUGACUUACCAGUAAAGUUCCAUCAGCAAAGACCAAAGAAAUGAGGUGACAGCCAUUUUGCUGGCUGCUGAACUGCUGUAGGAAAGGUGGAGACAAAGCAAGCAGGAGGACUGGAGGAAAUCUAGAAGUAAUCAGAAGGUGUUGGUACCACAUCUGAUUCAUGGGGAGGCCUUUCCUUUCCAAGCAUUUCAGUUGGCGUCAUCCCUGUCUAGCUCCUUCAAUCAAGGAAAUUAAGAGGAUGCAUGUGCUAGAGCUAGUGGCAUCCAGGAUCAUCAGACCCAGCAGCCCUCUUGACUCCUGUAACACUGGAGCAGGUCAUGUCCCAAGUGCCUCACCCCCUCAGGAAGGAACUUGUCUGACUGCCAGCUGCAGCAGCCCCAUGGAUCCAUUCAGGCUGUGUGACUGCACGUGCAUCUUCCCAGCCAAAACAACCGUAGCUUCCACUCCUCACAUUCCCUGUCCUACUCCUCUGCAAAGCCAUCACCUGCCAUGCAGCUAGUGUUGCACAAGGAGUUGGGAGGGGACACUGCUGGACUAGCUGACCCUCACUGAACACAGGGACAUUCCAUACCCUACAGCACUAUGCUCAGCACAUACAACUAGGGGAAGAGGAAGGAAAUGGGACAGCAUUCAAAGUGAUGGCAUUUGCCUUCCCAAGUCACAGUUAUGCCUGCUGAAGCUCUGCUUCCUGGGGUGGUGGAACACCUGCCUCCACAUGGGAAAUGGUGAAUUAAUUCCUUGUUUCGUGUGUGGCUUUUGCUUUACCUAUUAAAUUGUCUUUGUCUCAA